AUGUCCACCCGCAUCCUAACCCCGCGAUUCCUGCGACCGCGCCUGCGCAUCCAUGCACAUGCACGCACGACGACUCUCUCAGCACAUAGGAAGCUCCUCUCCACGCUCCCCAAUAUCGCGAUCUUCCGCGCCCUGCAAAAGCACGAUCCCUCUAGUCUAGCAGUUCUGCACAGCACAUCAACCCGCAGCUUCACAUACGGCAAUCUCAUCGGCGACGUCCUCCGCGCGAAAGAUGAUCUCGAGCGCAAAGCACAGGGCAAGCUGGCUGGGGAGCGGGUUGCAUUUUUGGCAGAGAAUAGCUAUGACUAUGUUAUAACUCUCUUGGCAAUCUUUGCCAGUGACGCUAUUGCGCUGCCGUUGUCUCCAUCGUUCCCCGUUGGUGAACUACAGUAUAUUAUGGAUAACUCGCAGGCCAAGGUGCUUCUUGCGACGGAGAAGUAUGCUGAUAAGGCCAGCCAGGUUCUCAAGGCCGGGCUGGAGUUAGAUCCUUUGUUUGAUGUUAGGCGGAAGAUUGAGGUCGGUGCGGUGGCAGAGUCUGUUCAGUUGGAUAGUCGUGAACAGACUUCGUCCGGGAUGAUGCUUUAUACUUCGGGAACUACGAAUCGACCGAAAGGUGUAUUGAUCCCCGAGUCUGCAAUUGCUGCUCAAGCAUCAUCUCUUAUACAAGCAUGGAAUUACUCACCACAAGACCGCCUAUUACACCUGCUCCCACUCCACCACAUUCACGGCGUCGUGAACGCAACCAUAACACCAAUCAUUUCAGGCUCCUCUAUCGAAUUCAUGUACCCCUUCAAUCCAGAGCAGGUCUGGCGCCGCCUUGCCGCACCAUUUCUCCCAUCUGAAGAGACCAAAUCAAAAAUCACCUUCUUAAGCGCCGUCCCAACAAUAUACAACCGCCUAAUGUCAUCCUUCCAAUCUCUCUCCCCGGAUGUUCAAUCUGCAGCACGAAAAGGUGUACACCCAAAUCACCUCCGCCUCAACAUUUCUGGCUCAGCAGCGCUCCCAAGACCCACAAAAGAAAAAUGGUCCUCCCUUAGCGGUGGAAACAUCCUUCUCGAACGAUUCGGCAUGACAGAAGUUGGCAUGGCAAUUAGUUGUGGACUCGACCCAGUUGACCGCGUUGACGGUAGCGUCGGAUGGCCACUACCCGGUGUCGAAGCCCGUCUCGUCGAUACAGAGACGGACAAAGUCAUCCCCGUUGGUCAAGAAACUGAUGGCAAUGGCCGAGCACUAGAAGGCGAGAUCCAGUUGCGGGGGGAAACGAUCUUCCGCGAGUAUUGGGAAAACGAGAAAGCCACGAUGGAAAGCUUCGUUAAAGCAGAUGACAACGGGAAACCUUGGUUCCGGACUGGAGAUGUUGCCACGAGACGGGUCGUCGACGGAGUUGGCAAGGGAAGUAGCGGGGAGUGGGCGCAAGGGCCUAUGUAUUUCAUCAGUGGUAGGAAGAGUGUUGAUAUCAUCAAAACGGGAGGCGAGAAAGUGAGCGCUUUAGAGGUUGAGAGGGAGUUACUUUCUCUUCCCCAAGUUACCGAAGCAGCCGUCGUCGGCCUUCCAUCCGAACAAUGGGGUCAAAAAGUCGCCGUCGUGUUGGUUCUUAACCCCGACGCAGCGACAAGCGGACGAAAUGGCAAGUCGUGGGGUCCGAUGGAUAUGCGUCGUGCAUUGAAGGAUCGGUUGGCGGGGUAUAAGAUUCCACAGGAGAUGAAAACUCUGGAGAGUAUUCCCAGGAAUGCCAUGGGGAAGGUGAAUAAGAAGGCUCUUGUUAAAGAGGUGUUUGGGGUUUAG